AUUGGUGACGACCGUCUGCAUCUACCGGUAUGGACUAAAUUACCGUUAUCCGCUCCCUUCCUGGCACAUCGCUACCCAGGAUAUUCGAAAGAACAGUGCCGUUGACGGACGUAACCAUCGCCGGCAUUCAGAAAAAGUGCAACCGAAAAACGUAACGACAUCCGUCGACGUUCUCGCAAGCCCAACUCCGCUUUCGACGCAAUCGGAACGUGUGACCGAGGUCGCUCUGAAACAUUCCUUUGCUAUCCAAUCUACAAAACCCUCGAAAAGUGCAGAAACAAGCACGAGAGCUGCCGCCCCGAUCGGUUCUAAUGUUACAAAAACCCACUUAAUGAAACAUCCAGCCAAAGAUAGUGCACACGACGAUGCUAACACUACGUCGAAGUCCGCGGCUUCGCGGAGCAAGACAACCCGCGCGCCUCGCACUAACAUUACGAAGUCCAUGAAAGCCGAGCUACUGAAGCAGUUCGCAGUGACCUACCCUCAACAAAAACCGUCGAAAGUCCGCAGGAUACUGGAAGUCGCUUACUUCCGUUCGGGAUCCUCCUUCCUGGGCCAGCUGCUGUCGGCGAAUCCUCGGACAUUUUACCACUACGAGCCACUAAGGACGUUGCCCGCAAGUUCCCGGCUGUACGGCAGAGAGGCCCUUCGAGGCCUCGAGUACAUCACGGAUUUCUUCGGCUGCGAUUUCGUCAACCAUUCGGACCAGCUGCGGCUGGGCACGAAGAAUCCGCACCCGUUUAGGCAGAACACUUUCCUGUGGAGCAUAUGCAAGGGCGUCAAACGAGUCUGCCUUGAUCCUGAGUUUCUCAGCGCUGUUUGCAAGACGGCGCCGAUGCAGGUUAUGAAAGUGGUGCGCAUCGGCAUGGAUUCCGUACGACGUUAUUUGCUGGAUGGACCGAUGGAGAUAGCGAAAGAACUAAGGGUGAUACACCUGGUACGCGACCCGCGCGCCGUCUGGCUGUCACGUCGGCGACGCCCGUGGUGUCGUCGCAGCGCUGACUGCUCCAGCGCCACCGUGCUAUGCAACGAGAUGAACCACGACCUAGACGCCUUCGAGAAUAUUAGCCGGCAAUUUCCCGGCCGGGCAAUACAGGUGCGUUUCGAAGACCUUGCCCUGGACACUCUAAACGUUACCUCGAAGAUGUACAACGCCCUCGGACUGCCUUUGACCAUGUCGGUUGGGCAGUUCAUCGAGUCUCACACCCACGAGACAAACGUGAAAGUGCAACGCCACCCUUACGCCACCUCCAGAAACUCCAAAGACGUGAUCAACGCGUGGAAGCGAAAAAUCAGGCCCGACGACGCUUUGCACAUCAACAAGGCCUGUGGCCACGUGAUCAAAAGGCUGGGUUACGAACUCUGACGAUCAUUACCCACAGUGGUAGCUUAAGACACAAGGUGUGGCGCUGCUAAACUCGAAGGCGCGGGUUCGAUUGCCGACCGCGGCAGCCGCAUAUUGAUGAGCACGAAAUGCAAAGAACACGGAAUUUAGAGCACUUUAAGGGACGUAUCCCAGUUGGUCAAAAUUAAUAUCGGGUCCCCUACUACGGCAUGCCUGCUCCUAAUCAUAUCGUGGUUUUGGAAGGUAAAACUCCUGCAAUUAUUAACUCUGACGUUCAGAGUGAAGACUUGACAGUUUGGAGUGAACAGCUUGAGGAACCUAAAGGGCAUGCCGGUCAGUUCCGUGAGGCAGCAUUUACCAGGUGACCUUAAUGCCCAUUUUACGCUACUGGGAGAUUCGCGCUGCGGUGUUAAGGGUCGCACUACAGAAAACAUCCUUUUUAUAUUUUGGUCUGGUUGCUUUAAAUAAAAUAAUGUCACAGUAUCGCCGCAAGAUUGAAAUAAUGAACGCGGCAGCAACAAAUUGGAAUGUUAAAAAAAGUAAGGGUAGCAGCUCACCUCAUUUGCAUGCGACCUGGCGUAAUCGAACAAAAUGCCGGCGUACGCAAACGAGGCCGCUGCAGUGAGCGAAGUGACCUGUGUGCUUUUAUCGCUUCAACACAAACUGAGCAGUGAGAGCGCAGGACGUACAACCGUACGAACUGUCUGCUGAUCCCUGUCAAGAUAUGGCACGCUCGCCCGGCCACUCAAAGUACGAAGUGUCUGCCAGAGCGAAGCAUUGUCCCCCUCCGCCCCCCCCCCCCCCGAUUGGCCUUUCGCACGGCGAAAAAACGGUCGACGAGUUUGCUCUCCGCUUGAAGCGCGAUCGUCAGAUGAUUUCACUCGCACAUAGCACAUACGACACGCGCGGCUAAGUUAUCGCCUUUGGACUUUACAUGGAACCUCUCGGCGACAACGACGGCUACGGCAGAAAUGUCCCUGGAGUGACCAUAUGACUUCUACAGAAAGAAAAGGCCAGCCUUUUGUAGCGCCACACGCGAGUUGUAUUCUUCAGCUGUUUUAACGACGAUUUCUCCGAAACUUAUCUUUUAUCUUGACUAAAACGUAAUAAAAAUCCUUUGUGGAAGUGAUCAGUUCAUUAGAGUACUUUACUUAACAAACAGCCAGUUGCGCUCCGCAGUUUCCCCUUUGGGAAAGUGUUCCGGGCUGCUUCAAAGUGCUCCAAAAUAUUCAAGUCUACUAUGGAUGAUAAGCGUUCCUUUUUUCAUGUAAAUGAUUUU